AUAUUUUAUAAAAAAAUAAUAAGAAAAAGUAAAUAAAGAAAACCAACAUGAUUAUGAUUAUGAUGGUGUUUGAAGAACAUGGCAUGACUAUGUAGGGACAUCAUGUGCAACAAACUAGUAAUAUGCAAAACUUGUUGUCUCUUCUUUCACUUGUUCACUUGUUACCAUUCUCUCUCACUUAGUUUCUGUUUCUAACAUCACUUUCCGGAAUCACUUAUUGCUUUUCUAUAGUGGUGAUUGAACUGAACUUGCUUUUUUGCUUACACUCUUUUUUCUAGCUUAUUUUGGAUUGUGAUUUUGAGUGUUACUAUACACAUGUGGAAGUACAUGGCUCUAUUCUCAAAUGGGUUGGUUUCUUAAGUUAUUCUCCUGCAGUGUUUAUGUUCAAGAUUGGAAAUUUAUGAUUCUGCAUUGAAGCUGUUUGUUGAAAGUUCCUCAAGAUCUACACUCCAGUGUUGCAGGUGUUUGGAUUCAUCAAUGGGGAAAGAGUUGGAGAUGGAUCUCAAUGGAAAAUCUUCAGAAGGUUUGAGUCCUAAUACUGUUCUUCCACCUCAGCAAUAUAAUGUGAAUGUUAAGAAGAGAUCUAAAAAAGGGAAAUCCUCAGGGAAAAAUGAAAUUUUUACCAUGAAGGAGGACUUUGCAGAGAUUAAAUUCGCCCGUUUCCGAAGUUCUUCGUGUAAGGACCGUCUCUCUAGGAUACCUCAUGGGUUGGAAGGUGAUAAUGUAGAAGAAACAAGGAGGGUUUCCAUGUAUCAGAGUUCCCAGGAAGUAAGAGACAUAAAGAAAAUGGGGGGAAGGAAAAAGUUAGAAUUUUCAAGGAGUGACAUCUCUUUCUCAAGUAGCAUUGUUGAUUCUUUAUGUGGUUCAGAUGAUGAUGAUUCCAAUCAUAGACCUUCAGAUAUAUCUCAGUAUUCAAAUUUCGGUUCUAGAUCCUCAGCUUGCCAGGAGCAGGACAAUUCAAAUGAUUUUAUCGAGAUUUGCAUGGAUACAAAUUUUAAGAAUAAAAAGUCUAAUGCAGUAGAAGGUAGAGGUUCUGUAAAUUUAAAGUCCAGAAGUAAUAAAGUUGCUGAUUCUAUAAUGAAUGGUAAUUUUCUUCUUGAAAAGGACGGAGUUCACUCAUUGCAGAAGUCACUCUCUGCUAAAGUGGAAGCCUCUAAUUUGAUAUCUCCUUUGGAAAAUGAUUACUUAUCAAAAAUGCGAUUCAAUUCCGUCAAGAAAAGGAUGAAUAAUUUCAAAAAGUCGAAGUCUUUACGAAGUCCACUUAGUCAUAUUGCGGAAACUAAUGAUGAGGUAAAAUCAAAUGAGACAUCAGAGACUAUAAGCAACAGGACUCAUCAGAAAUAUUUGCUGAAUGACUUAUCGAACCCAGGAAAGCAUUCUGAUAUUAUUUCCGAGUUUAUCAACAGAGAAAUCAAGUAUUCGGGUAUAGCAUCUUCGCCGGUUCACCUGCAUGGUAAUCUCAAGAUGGGAAGCAAACACGGAAUGCCUUUCUUUGAGUUCAAGGUGAAGUGUCCUGAAGAUAUUUUUGUGGCCAAGACAUGGAGAAUAGGUAAUGGUUUUAAUUUUGUAUAUACCUUUCACUCCACCGAUUAUAAUAGAAAGAAGAGCAAUGCUACCGAGCUGGAGUCUCACGAUUUUGACAAAGAUUCCUCAGUAGUAGCAAAGAUGCAAGUUUCAAGUAAUUUAGGUUCAGAAAUAAAAGACAAAGUAUCUGACAACUCUAUGGUGACGGAAUUUGUGUUGUAUGAUCUUUCACACUCAAGGCACAGUGUUUCGUCCGAAAGAAAGUCUUUAUGUGAACAAAAUGCGUGUAAAACUCGAAAAGCUUCCCGUGUUGAACCGAAAGAAGAAACUUUUGGGAUGGAUUUUGAAGAGAACAUAGCAAUCAGAAACAAACUUCAAGACAAGCCCCUAUCAGGCAAAGUUGAAUUUGUCGAUUCAAAUUAUUUUCCUUUGUUGCCUACUGAAUCCUCUUCGAACCUCGAAAUAGCUGCGAUUGUCUUGGAAAUUCCAUUUUCUAAGAGAGAAAGCUUGAAGUACAAGAGAGGUGAUAGAUUUUGCGAUGAAGAAUAUUCCAACAUAAGCAAUCUCUGUGCAGUAGUUGAUCAGAGUAGAAAGAGUCUUCUUGACAGAAAAUUCCCGGAACAGUUGAAGGUGGUAAUACCAACAGGCUACCAUGGUAUGCCAAACGCUGAAUGCCGGGGUCCCUCAUCAUUACUUGAUCGGUUGAGACAUGGAGGUGGUUGUGAUUGUGGUGGUUGGGACAUGGCUUGUCCCCUUGUAAUUUUAGGCAAUCCUAGUCUUCAAUUUGCUGAAGAUCACUCACUUGUAGAGGAGUAUCAACCACUGGAACUUUUUGUUCAGGGAGCAAAAGAAAGUAGUCCUACUUUUAGCAUGAAAAUGGUUGAAGAGGGGAAUUAUGCCAUUGAUUUUCAUGCACAGUUAUCCACAUUACAAGCAUUCUCCAUUUGUGUUGCCAUUUUGCAUGGAACUUCUCCAUUCAGCGGUGCAAGGAACCAAAAAAACCCGCAGCUAACUCAAUGCAGUUCAUUGAAAAUGCUUCUCGAGGAGGAUGUAGAGUGUUUUUUCAAAUCGAUCACGACUGAGAAGGAGACCGUGUGCAAGACUCCAAAAGGAGUUCCUAGAUCCUAUGUGCCGAACCCACCUUUUUCUCCUGUUGCACGCGUAUAAAGUUUACUAGGAUAGCAUGUUAGUCAUUAUUAGUUAGAGAUUUCAAAAAUAUUCUUUGUAGCAAGUUCUUGAAAGUAUAUUAGACAGAAACCCAAAAUUGUUCAUAUUGUAACGUGGGAUAGAAUCAAGAAUGGGGAGAUGAAGAGAGAAAGAGAGCAUAGCAGUCUUUUCUCUCUUUCUGUUUGUAUCUAUUGAAAAUAAAAUAAUGUUCUGAAAUGAUUAUGAGGGGAAGUGGAUUGGGAGUAUAUCAUUUUUAAUUUUACAUUAGAUAAA